UCAUCUAUCUUCAAUCCUAAAGACACCUUUUAAAUAGCAAUGACAAUCAAAGAUCAAAGCUCAUCAAAGAAAACACAAAGAACAAUUACCACAAAACAAAAGAAGAAAGAUAAACGAAAAGAGCUUGUCAAGGACACAAUUAUGGCAUUGAAGAAGAGUCUCUCAGCUUCUCUUCUUUCAUCAUUUCUGAUCAUAUGUCUUACUGCAUUGCUCUCUGUUCCGGUUUCUGUCGGAGCUCGCCGGUUAUUAGAGGAUCCUAAGCUGGAGAUACCAAAGUUACCCGAAUUCCUGAAGCCUGAGUUGCCUAAGUUACCAGAGAUUCCCAAGCCUGAGAUGCCUAAGCUACCGGAGACUGAAAAGCUUGAGGCUCCCAAGUUGCCAGAGAUUCCAAAGCUCGAGGUGCCUAAGAUGCCGGAGAUUCCAAAGCCUGAAUUGCCUAAAUUUCCAGAGAUUACAAAACCCGAAAUGCCAAAGAUGCCGGAGAUUUAUAUGCCUGAGUUACCGAAGAUGCCUGAAUUUCCCAAGUUUGAUGCUCCGAAGUUGCCGGAACUGCCAAAAGCUGAAGAAGCCAAAGAGCCGGCGUUUCCUGGAUCUCAUUAAGCCCAUUAAUUAUUUAUAUCAGAAGAAGGCCCAUCUACUUUGGAGCUCAGUCCAGUUUCUAAAACUGUUUUUAUCACAUACCAUUCACAUCGUAUUGUUUUGUCUACAAAUUACGGAGAUUGCUCCUGGUUACCUUUAGACCACUCGCACUUGUAUUCUAUUCUCUAGUUGUAAUGCUUGAUACCAUCUCAUUUUAUAUGUUAUCAUCUUGAUAUACAUUUUCUUUGUGUG